AUGUCAUUAGCCACAUCAAUCAAAGGUAUUUCAUUGGGAUCACUCCAAUCCACCGCCUCAACUGAAUGGGCUCCAGGCUUUACCUCUCACUUUGCCCGUCUCAACUAUGAACGUCAUCCCUCGAUGAACGGAUCUGUCACUGGUGGUUCAAGUGCCUGGUGUGCCAAGACCAACGAUGCUGCUCAAUGGAUUUCUGCCUCAUCAGAGAACCUCAAGACCUUUACCGGUAUCCAAAUCCAAGGUCGUGCCGAUACUGACUGCAACCAAUUCGUCACCUCUUACACUUUGGAGUACUCUGUCGAUGGUAUCAAAUUUGUCCCUUUCAACAAUGGUCAAGUCUUUACUGCCAACACUGACAGAAACACCAUCGUCUCCAACAUUUUUGCCACCCCAGUUGUUGCUCGUACCCUUAUUCUCAAGCCAAAGACCUGGAAUGAACACAUUUCAUUGCGUUGGGAAGUCUUUUACCAACCAAUCAAACAAUCAUUGGUCAACUCUGGUACCUUGGCUGCCACCAAUCUCAGUCUCCUCACCAGCAACUCUCCACCACGUGACAGAACCGAAACCGUCCAAGUCGUCUUCAAGAACCCAUACCCAACCGGUGUCAUCCCACAAGUUGUUGCUCAAAUCAAGAGAUUCGAUAUCAACCAAUCUUUCAAUGCUCGUUACAAGGUUGAUGUUUCAAAUGUCACCAACACUGGUUUCGCUUUGACCUUUAUGACUUGGUUCGAUACCAUCCUCUACAGUGCUGAAGCCACCUAUGUUGCUCAUGCUGAAGUUUAA